UAAAUUAUAGCUAUACUAAUUUACUAAUCAACUACCUUAUUAUCAUGCAAAUAAAUCUAUCCAUAUCUUCAUGAAUACUACAUCAAUCUCUCCUAGUACGAAUAUUCAUAUCAAGUUAGCAAUACAACCUUGUUAUAACCCUACCUAUAAAUUAUUAAAUACACGAAGUAAUAGGAGAAAUAUAACAGGAGAAAAUAUAACUAUGUAGAUCGUACUCUCAACACUCCCAUUUUCCAAACCUCAUUCAUUUCUUCCUCUCUUUUUCUCUCCACCACAACAAUCCCACAUUCACAAAACACAACCACAUUCACAAUGCAAACUUCCCUCUUUGGAGCAUUGCUCCUCCUCCUCCUCCUCCUAGCAAGCAAUGCAAAUGCACACAACAUCACCAAAAUCCUAGCCAAGUUCCCUGAAUACUCCACCUUCAACCACUACCUCACGACCACUCACCUCGCUCCCGAGAUCAACACCCGCCAAACCAUCACCGUCCUCGCCGUCGACAAUGCCGCUAUGAACUCCCUCAUUGCCAAGCACCUCCCCAUCUCCUCCCUCAAAAACGUACUCUCCCUACAUGUUCUCCUAGAUUACUUUGGCGCCAAGAAACUCCAUCAAAUUACCGACGGUACCGCCCUUGCCGCCACAAUGUUCCAAGCCACUGGUUCCGCCCCCGGAACCUCGGGCUUCGUCAACAUUACCGAUCUCAAAGGCGGCAAAGUCGGCUUUGCCGCCACGAAAGACGCCGACGAUUCCGGCUCUCUAUCCCUCGACGCUACCUUUGUCAAGUCGGUCAAAGAAAUCCCUUACAACAUCUCUAUCAUCCAAAUUUCUCACGUAUUGUCUAACCCUGACGCUAUGGCACCCGCGCCAGCGCCCGAGGCGACGAACAUUACCGACAUUAUGUCCGCGCACGGCUGCAAAGCCUUCGCCGACACGCUCAAAACUUUUCCCGACGCUCUCGACGUCUUCACCUCCAACGCCGAGGGCGGCUUGACGGUGUUCUGUCCCACCGACGACACCUUCAAGAGCUUCCUCCCGAAGUUCAAAAACCUAACCAAAGAGGAGAAAUCCUCUCUCCUACUCUUCCAUGGAGUUCCGAUCUACUAUUCAAUGGCGAUGUUGAGGUCCAGCAAUGGAAUGAUGAACACUUUGGCGACCGACGGUAAGAAGAAGUUCGAUUUUGAGGUGCAAAAUGAAGGUCAAUCGGUAACAUUGAAGACGAAGAUUGUGACGGCGAAGGUUACCGGGACCCUAAUUGAUGAAGAACCGGUUGCAAUUUACACCGUUGAUAAGGUUUUGAAGCCGAAGGAGAUCUUUAAGAAGGCAGAGAUUUCACCGGCGCCGGCACCGGCACCGGAAGCUGAGGCGCCGAAGUCGUCGAAGCAUCACCAUAAGUCGCCGCCUGCGCCGCCGAGUGAUGAUUCGGCUGACUCGCCAGCCGAUUCGCCGGCUGACUCGCCGGAAUCGGAUACAGCGGAUGAUACGAGUGAAGGAGGAGAGAGAGUGAAGAAAGGGUUUUGGAUGAUUGUUGUGUCGGUGGCGAUGGUUUCUAUGUUGGUAUAGAAAAGAAAGAAAGAGAUAAUGUUUAGAUGAAACGACAACGUUUCGUUCAGGUAAAAUUGAGAAAAAUAAUUAAUUUGGGUUAUUUAAAAAAAAUAAAAAAAGAGAAAUUGUAAAAGUAUUUGAUGAUUUUGAAUUAUGGUGUGCCCAAAUUGUUGGCUUGUAAUUUUUUUGGUUUUAUUUAGGAUUUUGUGUGCCAAAAUUUGUUUGUUUUUUUUUUUUUUUUUUUGAGUGAAUUUUCAUUUGGGGUAGGAGUUUGUGUUUUUUUUUUUUUUUUGGUCAAUUGGUUGUAAUUUGUGUUUGAGAAAUUGUAAACACACAUAAUUGAAGAUAAUUUAUGGUGAUAUAUUAGUUCAUUUA